AUGCGGGUCAGGCCUGCGAUCGGACGGCUAUCGGAGGAUCUGCUAUCCCAGAUCCUCCACCUCGUUGGCGAAUCCGGUAGCUAUUUCCAGCACGCUCUCGUUUCUAAGGAAUGGCAUCGCAUUGCUCGUCACGUCCAGGAUUACAUUCACGUGUGUGAAGAUCGUCGCAUGAGUCCGCGUCAACUGCUCUCCGAGCUCUCGGCGUUCCCUAGCCUCACGAAGCUCGUUCUUCCGUCCGGCAGCCUCACAUCCGUCCCGGACUUGUUUCUCACCCGUCUCGCCGACACGUGUCCAGAUCUGCUUCAUCUUCACAUUGAAUCAACGGAUCAGAUUCACAGACGCGGGGGUUUUACCGAGGAGGCCCUGUCCUCCCUUCUCGAGGGUUGUGCUCGGCUGGAGGAGCUUCAUCUGGAUUGCCCUCUCCGACUCACCGCCAUUCCGCCUUCCAUCGGCAAUCUUGCUUGGCUCAGGGAUCUGCAUCUCACUGCAAGCAGCGUCACUCACCUCCCCGACAGUAUCACCUCGUUACAGUCACUCGAAAACCUGGAUCUUUCACCGCUGCCCGAGAAUCUCGGUCAGCUGCAGGCGCUCGAAAUUUUUCUUCUGGACGAGGUGAUGGGCCUCGCGGAUCUGCCAGAGUCUCUCGGGCAGCUGCAGCGGCUGCGGCUCCUGCAAUUGAUUGGCUGCUUCGGUAUUAUGUCGCUGCCCGGAUCCCUGUCUCGGGUGUCGUCCCUCACGGGUCUCAACCUGGUAGUUCCAACACUUUCAGCGCUGCCCGAUGACAUCGGGCAGCUAUCGAAUCUUCAGAGCCUCAUGCUGGAUGCUCAGAGCCUUACAAGCCUUCCUGCUUCCAUCUCUCUGGCCUCUGCACUCCGAGAACUAGCCAUUGACGGUCUUCGAACUAUUACAUCGCUGCCCGAAGAAUUCGGGCAACUGACGGCGCUCGAGUCACUCCGACUGGCCAACCUUCCACAGCUCACCCACCUGCCCGAAUUUCUCGGGAACUUGACAAACCUUGAUGAGCUGAAAGUGGUGAAGUGCGCACGGUUGCAUCAGCUGCCAGAUUCUCUAUCCCGGCUAUCUUCCCUUGAAAAGCUGGAUCUGAGUGAAAACCGGAGGCUCACGGCUCUACCAGACGGGUUGGGAAACGGUCUACAGAAUUUACGAGAGCUAAUUCUAAUGCCUUGCAAGGCCCUCACUCACCUCCCUCCAUCCUUCUCCAGUCUCGCAUCGCUCGAAACCAUAGAGAUCCUGCAAGCAGACAGCUUCAGAGGGCCCCUGCCAGAGGGCUUUGGCUGCUUGAAAAGCCUCAAGAAGCUCUGGCUCUGCUCCUUGCCGCACCUUUCAGCCUUCCCUUCGCCUCUGCCCGGCCUCUCCCGCACACUCACCAGCAUGAUAGUGACCAACUGUUUGGAGAUAAAGGAGCUGCCUGAGGAGAUCGGACGGCUGGAAGCGCUUGAAGAGCUCACAAUCUCGAAGUUAUAUGGCGUGGAAUCGUUCCCAAAGUCGCUGUUUCAGCUGCCCGCGUUGCGGGUGCUAGAGGUGCUGGCGUGCACGGGUCUCGUGGCUCUUUUUGGGGAUGAAACGCUGGGAGCGGCUGCGCAGGAGCAGGGACAGGGUGUCACCACUGGUAGCAGCUCACAUGGGAGUGGCAGUUGCAAUCCGAACAGCAGCAGCAGCAGUCCGAGCAGGAGCGCUGAUCACCUGCUGCUUCCAUCUCUGCAAAAACUGAAGCUGGAGGUUCUUCCUUUUGAAGCCCUGGGCCCAUCUCUAGGCCGUCUCUCCUCCUUGACAAGCCUAGAGCUAUCAGACAUGCAGGUGCUGCUCACUCUCCCGGAAUCCAUCUCUGAGCUGUCGAAUCUGCAAGAGCUUGUGAUCACUCACGCCAGCAGUCUCGAGACCUUGCCAAACCCAAUAGGAAGCCUUUCCAGUCUUGUCACGCUGCAGCUAGAUGGGCUUGAAAACCUGCGUGAGCUGCCCGAGUCUUUCGGGCAGCUGAACAUGCUCCAGUCACUGCAAAUCAAGGAUUGCGCAAAGCUGGCCCGACUUCCGGGAAGUUUCCCCAAACUGUCCAAGCUGGCAGGUUUUGUCCUUACCAGCUGCCCGCUGAUUUCAUACAUCCCAGAGGAUUUUUGGCAGCUUUGCUCCCUUGAGAACCUGGUUUUGAUCAACCUGCUGAACCUGGAGAGCCUGCCCGAGUCUUUUUCGCAGCUGCCCCGGCUGGAAGAUCUGAAGCUGUGGUACUGUGAGCGUCUGCGCCAGCUGCCGUCGUCUCUUUCGAAAAUGCCGAAGCUGAUUCAGUGCAACAUUCGCGAGUGCCCCCUGCUUUCGGACCGAAGGACUCAGGUGAUUUAUGGGAGGGGGGAUAUGGAAGAGGGAGAGAAGGGAGAGCUAGGGACGGAGGACAGGGAGGGGCCUGGGACAGGGGAGGAAGGAGAUCAGAAUGAUGGAGAGGAGUCGGAAGAUGAUGAGGAGUCCGAAGAAGACGAGGAGGAAGAGGAUGAAAGUGAUGGGGAGGAUGAUGAGGAUGAUGGCAGUGACGAUGAUGUGGAGGAGGAGGAGGAGGAGGAGGAGGAGGAGGAGGAGGAGGAGGAGGAGGAGGAGGAGGAGGAGGAGGAGGAGGAGGAGGAGGAGGAUGAGGAGGAGGAGAAGGAGGAGGAGGAGGAGGAGGUGAAGGAUGAGGAAGACCUGGAGGAAGGGGGAAGUGAAGAUAGUGCAGAGGGAGUGGGUGAGGGAGAAGAGAAUGAGUAG